GUUCAAUUCAAUGUCUAUAAAAUUUCCUUACACCUGAUGAAAAAAAAUCUAAUAAUACUUUUCUAUCUAUUUUACUUUUCUACAGCAUAACUUCUGUAUUGCCUCUCUCUCUCUCUCUCUCUCUCUCCGGCAAUUGCGCGCAGGUUACCGAUCUCCGUUAACGAUCAGAGGCAAAGAUGCUGGCGGAGGAUCUCGGUGUGGAAGCGAAGGAGGCGGCGGUUCGAGAGGUGGCAAAGCUGCUACCUCUUCCGGAGCUUCUGCAGUCAAUCUCUUCCAUCAAGGCCGAUUACAUUUCGCGCCAACAGGCAAAUGAUGCGCAACUUAGUACAAUGGUUGGAGAGCAGGUUGAGGAGGCCCAGGAUGGAUUGAAAUCACUCUCCCUUUCUGAGCAGAGCAUAAAUCAGCUUCGUGAAAACUUUGUCUCUAUUGAGAAGUUAUGUCAGGAAUGCCAAACAUUAAUUGAUAAUCAUGACCAGAUAAAGCUACUUAGCAAUGCACGAAAUAACUUAAACACAACCUUGAAGGAUGUUGAAGGUAUGAUGUCCAUCUCUGAUGAGGCAGCGGAAGCUCGAGAUUCUUUGAGUGAUGACAAAGAAAUUGUCAACACUUAUGAGAGGUUAACAGCUUUGGAUGGAAAGCGGAGGUUUGCAUUAGCAGCUGCAGGAUCUCACAAGGAAGAGGUUGGGAGACUAAGAGAAUAUUUUGAAGAUGUAGAUAGAACCUGGGAAACCUUUGAGAAGACACUAUGGGGUCACAUAUCCAAUUUCUAUAAACUUUCUAAAGAAAGCCCACAGACGUUGGUUCGUGCUUUACGGGUUGUUGAAAUGCAAGAAAUCUACGAUCAACAGGUUGCAGAGGAAGCAGCUGAGGCUGAAGGGGAUGGUGCAAUGGCAUCGGUUGCAAAUCCUCGUAGGGGUGCUAUGACAUCUACAACUUUGAAAAAAUCAGCACGACAAAGAUUGAAGGUUCAAGGUAAAGGUUAUAAGGAUAAGUGCUAUGAGCAAAUAAGGAAGACUGUGGAACAACGCUUUAACAAGCUUCUCACUAUGCUUGUAUUCGAGGACCUGAAAGCAGCUUUAGAGGAAGCCAGAGCGAUUGCUGAUGAACUUGGAGAUGUCUAUGACUAUGUAGCCCCUUGCUUUCCUCCAAGAUAUGAAAUUUUCCAGCUAAUGGUAAAUCUGUACACCGAGAGAUUUAUUCAGAUGCUAAGGUUGUUUAGUGACAGGGCAACUGAAUUGACAAACAUUGAGAUAUUAAAGGUAACUGGUUGGGUUGUUGAAUACCAAGAUAAUCUCAUUGGGCUUGGUGUUGAUGAGACUCUUGCCCAAGUGUGCUCUGAGAGUGGUGCCAUGGAUCCUCUUAUGAAUUCCUAUGUUGAAAGAAUGCAAGCUACAACAAGGAAAUGGUACUUGAAUAUUUUGGAGGCUGAUAAAACACAACCCCCAAAGAAAACAGAAGAUGGAAAACUAUAUACCCCUGCUGCUGUUGAUUUAUUCAGGAUACUUGGGGAGCAAGUACAAAUUGUUAGGGAUAACAGCACUGAUAUCAUGUUGUACAGAAUUGCCUUGGCAACUAUUCAGGUGAUGAUUGAUUUUCAAGCAGCUGAAAAGAAGAGACUCGAAGAACCUGCUUCUGAAAUUGGUUUGGAACCUCUCUGUGCUAUGAUUAACAACAAUUUGCGCUGCUAUGAUCUAGCAAUGGAGCUAAGUAAUAGUACCAUAGAAGCCCUUCCACAGAACUACGCUGAGCAGGUUAAUUUUGAAGAUACUUGUAAGGGUUUUCUCGAGGUUGCCAAGGAAGCUGUGCAUCAAACGGUUAAUGUAAUAUUUGAAGAUCCUGGUGUCCAGGAGUUACUGGUCAAGCUAUACCAUAGAGAAUGGAGUGAGGGGCAGGUUACAGAGUACCUGGUUGCAACAUUUGGCGAUUAUUUUACUGACGUAAAAUUGUACAUUGAAGAUAGAUCUUUUCGGAGAUUUGUUGAAGCCUGCCUGGAGGAAACAGUGGUUGUUUAUGUUGAUCAUCUUUUAACACAGAAAAACUACAUUAAGGAAGAAACUAUUGAACGAAUGAGGCUAGAUGAGGAGGUUAUCCUGGACUUUUUUAGGGAACAUAUCAGUGCUUCUAAAAUUGAAAAUAGAUUGAGUAUACUCAGUGAUUUGAGGGAACUUGCUUCAGCCGAGAGCCUGGAUACGUUCACACUCAUCUAUAAUAAUAUACUCGAGCAUCAACCUGACUGUCCGCCUGAAGUUGUUGAGAAACUUGUAGCCCUUAGAGAAGGCAUUCCUCGGAAAGAUGCUAAGGAGGUGGUACAAGAAUGCAAAGAGAUAUAUGAAAAUUCUCUUAUUGAUGGAAGACCUCCAAAGGCGGGUUUUGUUUUCCCACGGGUAAAGUGCUUAACACAAUCUAGGGGAGGCAUUUGGCGUAAACUCACUUGAAGUGCAGUUCCAUCCACUUGUUUACGUAAUUUUUUUCUUUUAAAAUGUGUUUUUUUUACCAUUUUCCAUUUCACUUUGUAUAUGUGGUGUUGACAUUUUCGCUUCGAAUCCAAACAGUGUAGAAGUUAGGAAAGUAAAAAAGGUGAAGGUCUAAUCACUUUUAUAUCAAAAUAAUGAGACUUAUACAUGAUAUAAAAGUUACCGAUAUGACAUUUUCCGUGGUCGUAUUCUAA